AUGCCUGCCUAUGUAGCUGGCCCUCAAAACACCGUGGUGGUCCUUACCAGCAAAACACAUGCAGCGUACAAUGCUUUGUUACUAGAACAUAACAAGAAGUUUGUCCCUCAUCCAACAAUCAUUCUGGGUGUGGAAGACAAUGUGGAGGAUCGACAAUGCACACCCGAACCGGGGCCAUUACGAGAGACAUGUCUCACCAUUACUUUGGACGACCCGCCGUACGAUCCAUUGGAGGGAUGGGUUUGUGGGAGUGACCCGGAGUGUUGUUUUGUACUACUCAAUGAACGACGAUCUGGCGGAGGUAUCAGUCGAAAGCAUUUCAGCCUGGACUACAACUGGGAGAAUGGGUCUCUACUCCUGAAAGACAUGUCGACCCACGGAACUGUUAGGUCUUCAUACCCGACCGUGGAUCACAAAAGGGAGCUUUCGAGAGGAUGGUACACUUGCCGAGAUGCACGAGAACAAGCUCUUCCUCGCAUCGGCAAUCUAAUCCUACGGCCGCCGGAGACUCGAACAGUACUGAACUCCUCCAAACUGGGUCUUUCGGACCCAGUCGGCUCCGGAUCUUUCUCUGAAGUGCGUCGAGCCAUUGACUGCCGUGGGGAUAUCUUCGCUGUUAAGAUUUUCCGCUCGAUCGAGGAUCCCAAAUACUUUCACUCGGAGCAACAGAUCCUGUGCAAAUUAAGACAUGAGAACAUCGUCUGUGUUUUUGAGAACAAAGUUGUGGACGUCCUAACUUCAAAAGAAAUUCCAUAUCUUGUAAUGGAAUACUGCCAGGAAGGCUCUUUAUUCUCGAAAGGAUUGUUGAGCCCGUCGGAAACGACAGUGGUGCUGGGACAAGUUUGCAACGGUGUUCAGUAUAUCCACUCCAGAGGCUUAGUCCAUCGAGAUUUGAAACCUGAGAAUAUACUCCUCACUUCUUGGGCUCCUGCAUGGGUCAAAAUUUCGGACUUUGGGCUAGCUCAAAGUGAGAAAACCCUUCGGACAUUUUGUGGAACACCCAUGUUCGUCGCACCGGAAAUAUGCUACGACGUUGACUGCGCUCAGUCCAACUUGGACGACACCUCUUCCACUAUCUCAACCGUGAUUUUACGUACCUCAGAUGCUUCCCCAAGUUCAAGAAGUACGCAAGGGUUGAGUGCAAAAUAUUCGAACAAAGUCGAUGUUUGGUCUAUUCUUAUCAUGCUGUUGUUCUACGCGCGGGAAGGUGAUAUUCCAGGUGAUUGUCAAUUACUAAACAUGAAGCAAUUUCAUGACAAGAUCUUGGAAUACUCUAAAAAGGCGGUGAAGCCGGCCUGGACACGCCACAUUAAUCUUGCGCGACAAUGUAUUGCGCUCAACCCGUUCGGGCGGCCCAGUGCUCAACAACUUCAAAAACACUUUGCAGAGCUUCGGGAAUCAGGAACGACGACGCCAAUGAGUGCCCGCCACCUUUGA